AUGCUGGUGGGAGGAGUUCUGGUGGUUGAUGAUACUAGCAUGACGUUCCAGGCAUCUCCUGCCAUGACUUUGCAGUGUGUUAGUGGCUCAGAGGCUGUAAGACAGGCUUCAGUUUUCUUGGACGUGUAUCAACCUCCUAUAAUCACGGGAGCAACUACAGUCAAUGAGGGAGGCACGCUGUUCCUCACCUGUGACAGCACAAACUCCAACCGAGAACCACUUGCACAGUGGUUCGACAAAGAUGGCCAGAUGGUGUCCUCAUCUGGAAUACUGAAUAUCCCCAACAUCAUGAGGUCUCAGGCUGGGAGCUAUACCUCUCCUCCAAACCUUGACAACUCUACCAGCACAACUGUGACAUUCUUGCCCAGGAUCCUGGUCCAGGUGACUGUAUUACGACAGAAGUUGUCUUUAGCCCAGGCUUCUUGCCACCGCGAACUUUCAAUGCUCCACCAGGAUCUGUUUGUUUCAGUCCACCAACCUCCAAUAAUAACGGGAGAGACGACAGUCAACGAGGGAGAUACGUUGAGUCUCAACUGUGACAGCUCCAACUCCAACCAGCAACCGAGUGUGCAGUGGUUCCGAGACCGACUCAACAGAGUGUUGUCCAGUGUAGGCGAGCUGACUAUAGCCAGCAUCGUGAGGUGUCAGGCUGGGACCUACACCUGUGUGACUGCCCCUCCCAACCCUGAAGACUCUACCAGCACCUCCGUUGAGGUGGUGGUCAUAUUUCUCUCUCAGAGUGUGGAUGACUGUACAGCCACGGUGCAGAUUGUUGGUACAACGUCGGCUCCCAACCAGAUAGAUAUUCCACUAGGAACUGUCUGUGUGGAGUGUGUUGUCAAUGGAGCUGUAGUUGCUGCCACUUUCCAAAUUGGAAACUCACCAAUCCACAAGCCUGGAAAUGGGGGAGUUCUGGUGGUUGAUGAUACUAGCAUGACGUUCGAGGCAUCUCCUUCCCUGAUUUUGCGGUGUUUUAGUGGCUCGGAUGUAAGACAGACUUCAGUUUUCUUGGACGUGUAUCUACCUCCGAUAAUCACGGGAGUAACUACAAUCAAUGAGGGAGGCAUGCUGUCCCUCAUUGUGACAGCACAAACUCCAACGAGAACGCUUUGCACAGUGGUUCGACGAAAGAUGGCAGAUUGGUCUUCAUCUGGAGUACUGAAAUCCCCAACAUUAUGAGGUCUCAGGCUGGGAGCUAUACCUGUCGGACCUCUCCUCCAAACCUUGACAACUCUACCAGCACAACUGUGAUAAUAAUCGUACAGUUUGCUCCUGACGUGACAGCAGACAGACAAGACCUGGUGCUUGUUCCAGUGGGGAUAGGGGACUCUCCGAUCUCCUGUACCUACCUCGGCAUCCCUCCUCCUGACGCAUCACGUGGAUACACAAUGGCCCACCUUAGUCCCUGCAGCCGACUCUGAAUAUCAGCAGUUCAAUGACGAACGUGUAUGUAACACGUCUCACCAUCACGGAGGGGCGAGUUGUGAGGAGCCGAAGGCUGGAUGGAAUGGUGUCCCCCCGGGAGAGAUUGGGACAAAUCCCACUUGGCCCCGCACUGACGAUUCGGAUUAA